CCAGAGGCCCUCCAGAAGGCAGUUCUGCUGCUCUACAAAGGAGUGGGAUCCUUUCAGCCAUGAACCAUAUGUUGAACCUCUAUCUUUUAGGGGUAGUGGUGACCUUGCUUUCCAUCUUCGUUAGACUGAUGGAGUCCUUGGAGGGCUUACUGGAGAAUCCAUCACCGGGGAGCUUCUGGACCACCAGAGGUCAACUAGCCAGCACAGACCCCAAGGGCUUUCCAGACCAUCCGUCCAGAAGGGUGUGAUAAGACCUCCCUCCACCGGCUGUGACCCUUGGUAUACUGGCCUAAACUCAUCGGCCAGGUGUACAGUUCUUGGGCAGGCAGACUCAGCAUCAGUGUUCUCAGACCUAACUCUUACGAGGGCCUUGAAGGGCCUCUGGAUGUUCCUCACCCUGGAAAAAGAGCCUGUUGAGUCCAGGUGUGAGUGGGUUGCAUGUAGCUGUGGGAUGCAGCACUGUCACUCUGCUCCCCAGGGCUCAGCUGUUUACAUAGUGUUUUCAGCCCUAUUUACUAGUGUCUGCUGAGCUCCUUCAGACUUGGGUGUCGUAAUAUUCAGUUUAAUGUUCAGCCUCUUCCGUGAAAGCUCAUCUGUAUGUGGAUAGCAGUUGAAAACGUGUGUGGGUUGGCCGUAGGGGGGAGGGGAAUGAUGGAGUGUACAGUGUCCAGUUCUCAUUGUUCUACACUUAAUGAUUCAUCCACCGGCAUAGUGUGUAUGUGUGUGUUUAUUGGUCUGACGGGGACCACGGAUGACAAAGCUUGCUUAGGACAUGGGCAUUAUGGCCACCAUGUGGCUUAAACGAAUUUUUCUAAUAAAGUUGAGUAUUUUGA